GACGCAUGCGCCUUGAGCGGGAAAGGGGCUCCUUCUAUCUCUUUGGGCGGUGAGAAAGCCGAAUCGCUCUUUUCAUCCCUUCGGCUCUGAUUUGUUUCCGGCAUGGCGGCUGCAUACAGGCUUGUUCUCAUUCGACACGGCGAGAGCACCUGGAACCUCGAGAACCGGUUCAGCGGCUGGUACGACGCGGACUUAAGUCCGGCGGGCCAAGAAGAGGCGCAGCGCGGCGGAGAAGCGCUAAGAGAUGCUGGCUAUGAGUUUGACAUCUGCUUCACAUCUGUGCAGAAGAGGGCAAUCCGUACCCUCUGGACUGCACUGGAUGCUAUUGAUCAAAUGUGGCUUCCUGUCAUAAGGACCUGGCGUCUCAAUGAGAGGCACUAUGGUGGCCUAACGGGCCUUAACAAAGCUGAGACUGCUGCUAAACAUGGAGAAGCCCAGGUGAAGAUCUGGAGGCGUUCCUUUGAUGUUCCACCACCUCCAAUGGAGCCCGACCAUCCUUUCUACAGCGCUAUCAGCAAGGAUCGUCGCUAUGCUGACCUCACUGAAGAUCAGCUGCCUACAUGUGAGAGCCUGAAAGACACCAUUGCUCGUGCCCUUCCCUUCUGGAAUGAGGAAAUUGUUCCGCAGAUCAAGGAGGGCAAGCGUGUGCUCAUUGCUGCCCAUGGCAACAGCCUCCGUGGCAUUGUCAAACAUCUAGAAGGGAUGUCAGAGGCAGCGAUCAUGGAACUCAAUCUGCCCACCGGAAUCCCCAUAGUCUACGAGCUGGACAAAAACCUGAAGCCCAUCAAGCCCAUGCAGUUCCUGGGGGAUGAGGAGACUGUCCGCAAGGCCAUGGAAGCAGUGGCAGCCCAGGGCAAGGCCAAGAAGUGAAGGGUGGAGCAGGCAGUUAGUAGAUCUCCCCCCCUUAAUCCCUCCCCAGCACACAUUUGCCACAGCUUGAGGAACAGGAUUGAAGAGCCAAAGGAGGUGAAGUUUCUUGAGACCAUAUCCUUUCCUUCAAGACCAAUAUCCUUCCACAUUCAUUCCUCUCAAGUAGGUUCUGGUGAGAACCAUAGGGAUGUGGUCCAGCAGGGGCUCUGGAAUUGCAUCUAGUCAAUUUACAAGGCUGCUAAAAUAAAAAAGGUAUGGGGGGGGGGGUCCUCAGGUAUUUCCAAGAGAGCUUUCCUACCUUGUUCUGUUUCAUGUAGCAGCUGUCAUUUAAAAAUCGCUUGGUUUAAGUGUUGCUUGACUUGAUUUGGCCAUUCACAACUUGCUAGAGCAGCAAUACAUCAGAGCACAGUGGGGAUGCAAGGACCCCACUUGUUUUAGGGCUUUGUCUUUUUAAAGAAAGUGUUACUGAAGGGCCAUCCCAAAUUUUUGAAUUGUCCCUGGAACUGUAUUUGGUUCGGUGUUAAGUAGCAAUGGCCACCUCUUAUUCCAUUGCCAUCACACAGUCAAGAAGGGAUGAGGCUAGGGAAGGGAAGUGCACCCACCCUGGAAUCUCCAGAUCUAGUCCCUUAAUCUUGCUAUGUAGUGCCAGUAAACCCAGAUACUGUGUAUCAUUCUGUAUUUCUCACCCCCACAAUCUCUGUGAUAUCUCAACAUGUCUUACUGGAGCUCAGUGUACACUGGCUGAACGUGCCCUAGUCUCAGUAAAAUAAAGGAAUUAUGUGCAAUA